GUAAAAGCACCCACAGUCACGAGUGUAAAGGCACUGCUUGAGGCUGUAGCGCAUCCUUAAUAUCAGCAAUAAGGAUUCUGAGAAACUUAAGAUAUGGAGAUGUAUCAAGCUGGAUUUUACACAGAAGACUUCAGAACUCAAGAGGUUCCUGGUGGUUUUGACUUCAGUUCAUAUGACUACAGUGGUGAAGACAUGUCCUUUUUAUUAGACCGCAAAGGACCUGCCCAACAGCAGUAUCCACAAACGUAUUCAGAGCCCCAGAAGGAGAAUUUGCACAGUUCUAAAGUCAGCGAAUCCGGACUGUUUAAUCUAGACACCUUACCUGAGUUUAGUUACUGGGCAUCGUAUACUAUUCCUAAUGGAAUGGUAGCAGAUCAGGAAUCUGCUCAAACCUACCAGAACCUUGUGCCUCUUUGUCCUCCAGCACAAAGUAGUACAUUCAACCCAGGAAUGGACACCAUCAGCCAUUACCAACCUGGGAAAGGUCCAAGUCAUAGAGGAGCAUCUGGAACCGUUAGCCAGGACAACCUGGGUGCUACUGAGGGAACAUAUUCAUUGUAUGAAACAGAGCAACAAAACAGGCCUUCAUAUUGGUCCGACUACCCCUCACCCAGUUACUGCACUUCCAUGCUUGGCCAGCCCCCAUCCUCUUCUUCACCUCCAAUUACUCAAUCCUCUGAGUCAUACUGCCCCCGUGUGGCCAAAAGGCGUAGUGCACCAUAUCAUAGAUCAGACAGGGAGAGUGAAAUGGCACCAAUGUCCGCUUACCCAGGAUCUGGGCCCAUCCAGCUAUGGCAGUUUCUGCUGGAACUUCUGCUGGACUCUGCUUGCCACACCUUCAUCAGCUGGACUGGAGAUGGCUGGGAAUUUAAAAUGUCAGACCCCGCAGAGGUGGCCAAGCGGUGGGGCCAGUGUAAGAACAAGCCCAAAAUGAAUUACGAGAAGCUAAGUCGUGGUCUGCGUUACUACUACCACAAAAACAUCAUUCACAAAACAGCAGGAAAACGUUAUGUCUACCGUUUUGUCUGUGAUGUGCAAAGCAUGCUCGGGAAAACGGCACAUGAGGUCUUAACGAGUCUAAACAUCUCACCAUCAAAAGCAGGAUCUCCACACACUGUAGCAAGCACGACAAGAUCAGAGGAAACCGCAGAGUCCUGGACACAUUAGAAGAGAACAUUUCACACAUGCAUUAAUCAAAAUGAACUGUCAAACAUCAGGAGUCAUGUCUUGUCGAAUGACAAAGAAUUCAUUGACCGUUGCAUUCUAAGGGGCCGUUCACACUGAACGUGUUGUUGCAUCCGUGCUGUUUUUCAAUUGUUUUUAUAUGUUAACAUGCAGUUUUUUAUGCCAUAGACAGAUCUAAAAUGUAUUUUUAAAUAUGUAUACCCCAGUUUUUUAUGUUCCCAUUCCUUGAAUUCCUGCAUGAUUCCUUGCAUGAAAUAUCAUGCCUAGGCCCCAAGGUGUCCUCACACAUCCAGUGCAGUUAGAGGCCUCUACAGAACAUUGUUCACUACCUCUUUUAUCCUUGGAACACUAAUCUUGUAAAUGUUGUGACAUCAGAUUGUUAAUUAUUGUAAAUAUUUGUUUUAUGUUGUAAUAAACAUGU